AUGAACGAGCUUGUGCCAGCAAUUCGCCACACCAAGACUAGCAAACGCAGCAGAGAAAAAAGGACGGCCUCAAUCAACUCCGCUUACAAUCGUCUGCGGAGCCACAUUCCAAACAUCCCUGCCGAAACAAAGCUGUCCAAGAUCAAGACACUUCGCUACGCCGCAAGUUCUAUCAAGUACCUAACAGACAUGCUUCAAAACGAAGCUACGGAACCAGUAGAGUUGUCCCUUCCGACUAUCUACCAUUCUGGUAUCAAAAAAUAA